GCAUGGUUUGUCAGAUGAACGAUUCGCACUUCAUUCAGUGUGUGGGUGUCUAGCGCGGAUUGCUCAACGAUCUUCGUAAGUUUGUAUCGGGUUUUGCACGUUGACGUUUAGCUCAUCACUUGCCGUCAUCUGUGUAAUAUUUCAAGAGUUGGUGUGUGUUUCGAUUCUCCUUGGACUUUGUGUUCCAAUCUCAGUGGUUGCAUCAUCGCCGAGGAACUGUGUCUUGUGAGUAUAGCGUGUGCUACGUGAUCUUAGGAGCUCCAAGUACUGUUCUGUGGGGUAGCAGAUAAUCGGUAUGGAUCCCUGGGAGAAGCGAUUUGAGUUGCCCAGUGUUUCAGAGGUGUUCUAUGGGCCGCCUGAACCAACAUAUUUUGUCAACACGGAUCCUUACCGCCACCAGAGGAGGCCAGUGAUGAUGCCUGCUCCGGUUUACCGCCCUCGUGAGCUUAGUCCAACUCGCUAUCGCACUCGAGCGCUUGUUGCUCCUUCAUCAACGGAGUCUCACAUAGUGCCUGCUGUCGCUUUUGAGAGGAACGUGAAGACUCACCCUCAGGGUCUGGUUCUUCAUGUUCCAAUGUGCUGUGAUAAUUGCGUGGAGAAAGUUCGCAAGGCCGUUUCAGACCUUGAAGGAGUUCGGGACGUUGUAUGUGAUCAAUACCGACAGAAAGUGAUCAUCUCUGGCGACGUUGACCCCGAAAAGGCUCUUCGCAGGGUUAGGAGGGUGAAGAAGAAAUCCAGGUACUGGGAGAUGGCCACUCAGCCCGUGCAGUACUCUGGAAAUCCUGCCACUGGCCAGGUUCACACGAAGUCUCUCGUGAACGCUUACCGUGCUCCUGGGUACCAUGUUUCGGCGUACAAUGCUCAUUCCUCGGUGUAUAAUGGCUAUUUAAGCCCGCCACGCUACAAUUCGUCCUAUUUGCGUCGUUACAGUUCCCCAUAUAUUGACAGUGUGUACAGCUCCGGUUACAAAGAACCUCGCCAUGGCUCUUUGUAUAACAGACUGGCAUACGAUGAUCUUGAGUAUCGUGCUCGGUUCGACCGCGAUACUCCUUACCUUCAAAUGAACAACGUGUAAUGAGAAAGGAAUAUUGUGUGUUAUCUUAUGUCGUUCCUCCUCAUCACUACAGUUAUACUUCCUUUGGACGGACUUGGAGUACGAUUCUGGUGAGUAGCAAGCUUCUACAGUGGCAGUAACUUGUAAAUUACUCAUUGAGGUUUGUGGGUGUCGCAUCGAGACUGCGCAGCGAGGCUUACGUUUCAACCUCAGAAUGUUUCCAUAAUGUACACUAAAGGUAACUGGGAGGCUUUUCCCACAGACAAGAUCGAAUUCCAUGGUGCAAGCGGCCUCGGCUUUAUAAGGGUUUCGUUGUGAAUACAUGCACGCGGUAGGACUUUUGGUAAUGGCACUUGUAGAGAGAAUGGCAAUAUGGUGACCUUUGUAGUAACGCAAAUUUUGCUUCAAAGCUUUUCUUAGAUUAAUGCUGGGGACGAAGACCAUGGGAUAUUAAGAUUUCUGUUAACUUAAGAGCUUCAGUGUAUCUGAGUUGUUAGCCUGUAGGCUAAUGUGAUCAAAUGGGGAAACUUGUUACGAACAUGCUGUGUUAGAUUACUUUGGCAUGCUGGAUACGGUGAUUUCGGUAAGGGUAACACGCUUUGUGUUCUCUGCAAGUAGUCAUACAGGUAUACAGAAAUGCUGCUGUUUCUGUUUUAGGAAGUGAAACAGCUGUGAAAUGUUUCUAACUACUGUGGUUGCACAGUGAAGUUGGAUGAGCUGUACAGCAGGGAUUAGCUAGGUUUGGAAGUUCAUCCUUAAGAUAGAAACUGUAUCUUGCAAUUGCAAAGGAUUUAUUGAAGUCAAUACUACAGAUUACAAAACUCGAUUCUAUUUUUCAAGCA